UUGGAGGAAGAAAUAUUUAGAAAAUGUUUUCGUUUUCCGAAAUCGUUAUGUUGGGACCUUAUGCAGGAUUUGAAACCUCAUGAUAAUCAUUUCCGAAAGCCUGCUAUUCCUUUUGAGAUUCGGUUCGUUUCAGUGUUAUAUUUUUUUUCAAAUGGCUCAUACCAAUACAGCAUUGGAAAUAGCCAUUUAUCACCAUGAGUCAAGGCAUAUAUGCAAACUUGUGUUGGAACACAAAAAUGUGGAAAUAAGCUUCCCAAAUGCAACAGAGCACUACAACAUAAUUAAAAUGGGUUUCCAUAAUAAAUUUGGAAUAAAAGGAGUGAUUGGUGACUGCACCCAUGUUGCCAUAAUUGGACCGGGAAUAAAUGCACUAUGUUAUUAUUAUUAUCUUUACUAA